GUCAAUGGAUCCAUGUUUGGUUUUGACAUAAGCAAUCCAUUUACCAAGAAGAAGCGAGAGGCAGCGGAAUUAGCACGUCUUCAAGCUUUGCAGGAAGAACAAAGGGCCAGCAGAGAUAAUGUGAGAGCAGCCAAUUGGGAAACACAACAGAGGGUCAACAAUGCUAUUAAGCAAGAAAAGGCACAAAGCAAAUACUCUCAAAGCACAACUUCAUCUAACCGAAGUAAAUUCCAGUUCGAAGCCGACGAAGAAGAUGAUGCGCUAGAGGAUCAAUUGGACAAUAACUUGGAUGCUCUCUCUAACGGAUUGACCAGAUUGCACGCAAUGGCUGUCGCGUCUGGUGAUGAAAUUAAGAAGCAAAACGUGGUUCUCGAUCGUGUCUCUGACAAGACCAAUAAUUUGAAUGAUCGCAUCGUUGGAGCAUCGCAUACAUUGAAAAAGAUUAAAUAG